AGUUCAUCAAUAAUACAAUGCAGUUGAGUUCUCGCUAGCUUCAACGAUGGUUGCACUUAAGUUUUCACUGUUGCUGUUAAUUUUAGCUUUCGUAAAGUUUAAACCAACACAGGGAGCCCACUCCUGCGGCAUCGUGGACCGCCUCGCCGGUUACGUAAUCAACGCCGAAGAGACGGAAAAUGUGUGGCCGUGGCAUGUGGCCAUCUACAACAGCAGCAACGCGUACAUCGCCGGCGGAACCAUCGUCAGCGAUCGGUUCGUCCUGACGGCGGCCCACGUGACGUUCCACAACCAGAACCUGCCGCUGCGUCCGUACGAGCUGCACGUCGUGAUGGGCAUCAAGAAUCUGUCCAGUCCGCAGAACUACACGCGGUAUGGGAACGUUUCGCGGAUUAUCCGGUAUCCGGAGUACAACAGGGACACGAUGCUGAACGAUCUGGCGCUGUUGCAGCUGUUGGAGAGGAUCGAGUUCAGUAUGCACAUUGGUCCGAUCUGCUUGUGGCCCGUUGGGGGACCAAGUUUGGAGAAGCUGGCAGAGGAGCAACGAGGAACCGUUGUGGGUUGGGGUUAUACGGAGAACAGCACGAUUUCGCAGGUUCUUCGGGAAGCUGGGAUGAGCAUUAUUGAUUUCCCGACUUGCGCGGAGAACACCAAGUCUUUUCAGCCGUUGCUGACCAAGGGUCGGAACUACUGUGCCGGAACGCGAGGGGAGGCUACCGUUUGCCGGGGGGACAGUGGAGGAGGGAUGUACUUCAUGGUGGGCUUCAAGUGGUACAUCCGAGGUAUCGUGAACCAGGGAACACCCACGCAGGACACGCGCUAUCCGUGUGAUCCGCGCAAGGAGGUCAUUUUCAUGGACGUUCCCUUCUACCAGAAGUGGGUCGAACGACAUGCUCUGCCCAAGCAGCACAACCGACUGGGUUUGAGUGAGUGCGGUAUGGGAAAGUACGAGGGGGAUGUGGAGCGGGAUGUUGUCAAGAGUCCGUGGAUCGCUCACUUGUUCUAUCGGUUUUGGGAUCGGUUCAACGUUAGCGAUUGCCAUGGACUGUUGGUUCACCCGGAGUUUGUUGUUACGCUGGCGAGGUGUAUUAUCGAUCAACCGCAGCGAAAGUUAUUAUACGUGGUUCUCGGUGAGGAAACAAUCGGACCCGAUCCGUACGAGGAAAACCUGGACUACGCGUUGUACGCUGAGAUCACGGAAAAAAUCGUCCACGAACAGUUUAAGGAGGAAGACUUUGGGUAUGACGUUGGACUCGUACAUCUGAAGACGCGCGUCGAUUUCAGCAAAGAACACAUUAAGCCCAUCUGCCUGCCCUCGGCACGGGAGCCCGUUCCGUACUACGAGCAGUUGGCCUGGUAUCGCCGGGAGGAUCAUCCGAAGCCGCUCACCUUCUCGCACCUGCAGGAAAUUCGACUCGAGUCGUGCAUUGCGCGGUACAAACGGAAUGGAAUCUCCGCCAGUUUUGACCAGCUGAUGUGUCUCCAGGAUUGUCUGUUUUCGAGUGAUGUGCUCGCCAACGGGACGUACACCUGCCACGUGAUGCUGGAGAAGGUUUACUGUGACAUUCCGCUGUCCGGGGGACCGGUGUACUAUACCAAGCACGAUGGACACGACACGUACACGUAUCUGGCCGGAAUGCGGGCCUUCGGGACGGCCAACUGUACGGACCGGCUGAACGACGUGUACUCGGAUAUGUUCGAGAUGGGAGCGUGGAUCGAGCGGAAGAUCGAGGAGAACUCACUGUUCAUUGAGCAGUUGCGAUCAACCUCCCAGUUCUGUUCAAUGAAAAGCUUAAUCCCUAUCAGUCGGGGAUUCCCCACCGUCAUAUCAGCGCUGAGCGCGACCUGUCUGCUGUUGACCUGCUGUGGCUUCCCAGUCCAAGGAGCAGGAGUGGAGUGUGGAGAGCGGAAGCUAACCCACAUGGGAUACAUCGCCCAUGGAUACGAAGCCGUGGAGGGAAUGUGGCCAUGGCACGCCGGAAUCUUCAUGAAUGUCCGGAACGGUCCUCAGCAGUACAUCUGCGGUGGCUCGAUCAUCAGCGAGUACUUUGUGAUCACUGCUGCCCAUUGCACCGUUCCCAAUCGGAACAUCCUGGCGGCGAAUAUGGUCUCGGUUCAUCUCGGGCUGCACAACCGAACAGGUCCAAGCGAGCACUCGAAAAUGUACGACGUAGUGGAGAUCAUACGACAUGAGGCCUUCAACAUGAACAACCUAAGGAACGAUGUUGCAUUGCUCCGAAUGGCGGACGACAUCGAGUACUCGGACUACAUCCAACCGGUCUGCUUGUGGCCAGAAGAAAAGAAGAGCUUAAAUUCGAUCCUGAACAGUCGUGGAUACGUUGUUGGGUGGGGACGAGGAGAUACACACAAUUAUGCAGAACUUCUGCAAGAAGCCACACUUGCAGCAGUAGAAUAUGAAACUUGUCUGAAGAGCCACCCGACACACUUCCAAAAGCUGCUUUCCGACGACAAAAGCAGCUACUGUGCAGGAAAUCAGAACCAAACGAACGUUUGCAGUGGAGAUAGCGGCGGUGGCAUGUACUACAAUAUUGGCAGUUCGUGGUACAUCCGAGGAUUGGUCAGUACAGGUGUACUACCUGUAGGUGACUCAGCAGCUUGCAAUGCCAAAGAGUACGUCAUCUUCUCCGAUAUCCCGUACUAUCUGGGGUGGAUCACAAAGCAUCAGGAAAAUGUGAAGAAACGAAACCUGUUGAAUUUAGGAAGCUGUGGUUUAGAUACCUACAACGCUAGCUACCCAGAACAGGACAAGUCACGGUUUCUGCAGUAUCCAUGGGUAGCAAUGCUUGAGUUUAAGGUUAGAGGAUCCACUUCGAAUCUGACCAUGUGUAACGGAGCGCUCAUCCAUCCAAGGUUUGUCGUGACUGUGGGACACUGCGUGGACGAUUCAGCUUCCAAAUAUAAACUAACUUCCGUCCGCCUCGGUGAGUACAACUUCAAAACCAACCCCGACAAGGAGAAAGACGCCAAAGGCGUGGAACAGUCCACCUUUAUCCAGGUCAUCGACAUCGAAAAAGUGAUCCAGCAUCCGAUGUUCAACCAGCCACGCUACGACAACAACAUCGCCCUCCUAAAGCUCAAAACCCCAGCCGACACGGGCCGUCCCAACGUUCGACCCGUCUGUCUACCCACCCUGGAGGACUUCAACGAGAUGUACACGAUCGCCGGCUGGAAGCGGGUUGGCAAGCAGAACCACAUCAUUCGACGGGACGUUGUGGCGCUGGAGGAUUACGGCACGUGCCAGAGCAUCUACAGCAAGAUGAAGAUCAAGUUGAGUGGGGAGGGCAGCCACAUUUGUGGAACGUACCACCACAAGGAGCAGAUGGAUUGCUUCCACUACAUGGCCGGAGCACCGUUGCAGUACGUGAAGAAUGCUGACCGGAAGAAUCAGUACUUUUUGAAGGGGGUGUUUGCGUACGGAUUUCCCGGGUGUCAGCUGAACUACACCGAUGUGUUUAUGAGUGUUAACAAGUACGCUUCGUGGAUUAAAAUGGUGGUUGAGGAGGAGGAGGGUCCCUUGUGAUGUGUGGAUCAAUAUAAUCAAUUUUCAAAUUUUGAUAAAAUAUGACUAUAGAUUAAAUUGUAA